UACUAGACAGUGGCGUGUGACGUUAACAGCAAUUUACAUUUACGCGAGGAUUCCACUCUCUGUAUUUCUGACACAAGCUGUGUUGUGUCUCCUUUGGUGAGGAUGAACAAGAGGAAGGCGCUUCCAGAUCUUUGCAAUCGAGAAGUCGGCCACCUAUCCCCCAGAAAUUUCGCUCUCCGUCUUGGCUCUUCCGAGGAUCUUGUCCUUCGACUUCAAUUACUGAGGAAUCUGCAAAAGCACCGAGGUUGUGUCAACGCUGUGAGCUUCAAUGCAGAUGGUGACAUUCUGGUCUCUGGUUCCGAUGAUUGUGGGAUUAUUCUCUGGGACUGGGAAACUGGCCGCAUUAGACUCUCCUUCCAUUCUGGUCAUUCUAACAAUGUUUUCCAGGCCAAGAUCAUGCCUCACUCUGAUGAUCGAACCAUUGUCACCUGUGCUGCCGAUGGACAGGUGAGACAUGCUCAACUUCUUGAAAAUGGACGAGUCGAAACUAAGUGUCUGGCCAAGCAUCAAGGAAGGGCUCAUAAGUUGGCUAUUGAGCCUGGUAGCCCUCAUAUUUUUUAUACCUGUGGUGAAGAUGGAUUAGUGCAGCGUUUUGAUCUGAGAACUGGGGCUGCAACAGAACUUUUUACAUGCCAGCCAAUCAAGGAUAGGUGGAGUUACAUGCCAGUCAUCCAUCUUAAUGCAAUUGCAAUUGAUCCAAGGAACCCUAAUCUCUUUGCGGUUGCUGGCUCUGAUGAGUAUGCUCGACUUUAUGAUAUUCGCAAGUAUAAAUGGGACGGAUCAACUGAUUUUGGUCAACCAACCAACUUCUUUUGCCCUCCACACUUGAUUGGCGAUCAGCAAGUUGGAAUAACAGGCUUGGCCUUUUCUGAACUAAGAGAGCUGCUUGUGUCAUACAAUGAUGAGCUUAUUUAUCUUUUUACCCAAGAUAUGGGUUUGGGACCAAACCCCCCUGAUCCUGUGUCUCCUAAAUCUAUGAACAGUGAUGCAAGUGAAAUUGGAUUUAGUCAUGGAUCUGUGUCAUCUCAAUCCAAGAUGGAUGCUGAUGAGAAAAUCACCCCACAAGUUUUUAAGGGACACAGGAAUUGUGAGACGGUGAAGGGUGUUAACUUUUUUGGACCUAAAUGUGAGUAUGUGGUGAGUGGGUCAGAUUGUGGUCGGAUUUUCAUAUGGAAAAAGAAAAGUGGUCAGCUUAUUCGUCUCAUGGAAGCAGAUAAGUAUGUUGUGAACUGCAUUGAGUCUCAUCCUCAUACAAUGGUUCUUGCCAGCAGUGGUAUUGAGCAUGACAUCAAGAUAUGGACUCCAAAGGCCCUCGAGAAAGCUACUUUGCCCAAAAAUAUUGAGCAGAAACCGAAGGCUAAGGGCUGGAUGUACCGGAUAGCUUAUCCUGAAGACCUGAUGCAACUGAUUUCACUUCCAAGACGAAGGGUCAGGACAGAAAGCAAUGGAGAAAACUCAUCCACAGAUCGAGACCUUCUACAGUUGAUAUUGACAUUCAAUGCCAAUAGUGACAGUUCUAACGAAGAUGAUGACGAUGGUGAUACAGCCAGCCAAGACGACUUGUUCAGUUAGUUGAGAGUUACACCUUGGUCAAAACUUGGCCCUUCUAAGAAAAAUGUUAGCAAUUGUAAAUAAUAUAGGAUUAACAAUUACUGUUGGCUGGAAUAUUGCAUAGUAUGUCUAAACAAUAUUCUACAUACAAUUGUGCUAAAAUUUAUUUCUUGUCAUUUUUUUUGAGUUUCUGCUUAUUCUGCUCA